CUCAUCAAAAACAAUGUCUAAAUCAAUCAUAUGCUUAGCGUUCAUAGCGGUGGCCAUAGUCGGUGUGUUGGCCAGGGAUGACGGUCUGGUGCGGACACCACCGAUGGGUUGGCUGUCGUGGGCUCGUUAUAAAUGCGAGACCGACUGCAAGAAAUACCCGAAAGCGUGUAUUAAUGAGAACUUAUACAAAGAACAGGCGGACAGAAUGGUUAGCGACGGGUAUAAAGAGUUGGGCUAUAAUUAUGUCAAUAUCGACGACUGUUGGAGCGAAAUGGAAAGGGAUGCUCAGCAACGACUGGUGCCACACAAACAGCGCUUUCCCAACGGUAUCAAAGCGUUGGCCGACUACAUGCACUCCAAGGGACUCAAACUGGGUAUCUAUGGCGAUGUCGGGCCAAAGACUUGCGCCGGAUAUCCGGCACAGAACGGGAAGAAUGGAUCCAAUUAUUUCUCGAUCGACGCCAAGACGUUUGCCGAGUGGGGCGUUGACUCGUUUAAGUUUGACGGCUGUAAUGAAGAUCCGCAUCAUUUCGACGACUUGUACCCCAAAAUGGGUAAAGCGCUCAACGAAUCCGGUCGCCCAAUAGUGUACAUAUGCGAGUGGCCAUUAUACCAAUUGCACAAGGGCAUUAAGCCUAACUACACAUCGAUCGCCAACACGUGUCACGUGUAUAGAAAUCACGGGGACAUUGGCGACAGUUGGGCCUCCAUCUCAUCCAUCAUUAAAUUUUACGGCGAAAACAACGCAGAAUUCAUUGCACACAACGGACCAGGACACUUCAACGACCCAGACAUGUUAAUGGUGGGUGACUUUGGUCUGUCCCACGAGCAGAGCCGCACUCAUAUGGCAAUGUGGGCCAUGUUUUCGGCACCGCUUUAUAUGUCCAACGAUUUGAGAAGUAUUUCCGCCGACGACAAGAAAAUAGUGCAAAAUAAGGCCAUUAUUGCCGUAAAUCAGGACAAACACGCAAUUAUGGCUAAACGAGUGUUUGUCGAUAAACACAGACAGGCGUGGGUUAAACAGGUUGAGCCCAAAGUGAAGGACCAGUGGUCGCAUGUCGUCGUUUAUAUCGAUGAGAGCGGUAUUGGAGAUCGUUAU